AGUAAAUAUAUAAAUAUGUUUGAUUAGUAAUACUUUAUUUUCAGCAAUCGUGGCUCAAAAAUCCAAAGGUAUUUGAAAAAAAAAGCAUGUGUUUAGCUAUCGUGUACUGACAUUUGAGGACACGAUAUUCGCAAAUUGGCGCUACACGCACCCAUCCCUAGUUGUUGCCCCGUCAAAAUACACACGCACGCAGCGCAAAAAUAAAAUGCAAUUUUUUUUAGUUCCGCCGCGUAUAUUGGAAAGCCGUUUAAAGUAUUAAAUUACCGACAUACGUUUAUUUCGUUUACAAUUAUUCAAGUAUUGCAAAGCAAUUGUUGCACUGUGCAUUAAAAGGGGACGAGGAUAAUAAAUUAGUUCGAGUUAAUUGAGUUUUUAUGUCCAUUUUUGGUGUACGUUUUGACCAAACGUAAAAACAGUAGUAGAAUACACAAGCAAACGCAAUGAAAUGAAAUUGAACUGGCUAAGCGAAUUCUUGGCCAAUAUUGUUAACGCUAGCGCAAUUACCGAGGCUGUCACACGUCCGUUCAUUGGCCUGCGCCAACAACUGACUCCAUCAAGCAUCUAUUGCCUGAUCAAGUCAUCAUCGGCUGAAGCGCUGGAGCAUAUACUGAUAGCAUGUGCGGUAUACUUGCUAGUAUGCCUGGGACUCUACAAGCUGACCUUCUGGCUGUCGGCUGCGGCAACGGCAACAGCAGCGGCGUCGCCAUCAGACGCAAGGAACAGCAACAACAACAACAACAACAGCAGCAGCAACAACAGCAGUGGCAGCGGGGAGAGCGGCUUGCGCAACGCUUUACAAUGCGGUCUGCGUAGCGUUCAUCUGCCCAAGGCAGCUUUUAUGGGUCGUGUACUUUUGGUCAUCGCACAUCCGGAUGACGAGUGCAUGUUCUUUGGGCCAUUGAUCUAUACGCUAACACAGCGCGAUGGAUGUCAAGUUUACGUGCUCUGUUUGUCGAAUGGCAACUACGAGCAGAAGGGCCAGGUGCGAAGAGAUGAAUUAUAUCGAGCGUGCAAACGUUUGGGUAUUUGCGAGUCGAAUAUCAUUUUGGUUAACGCCACCAAUUUGCCAGAUGAUCCAAAUGUUGAGUGGCGAUCGGAUGCUGUUGCCAGCUUUAUAUUACAUACGGUUGAGAGUCUUGAUAUACAGGCGAUAUUCACCUUCGAUCGCGAUGGGGUCAGCUCACAUCCCAAUCAUUGUGCAGUCUACUACGCAGCCGCUUCAUUGUGUUUAGCCAAUUUAUUGCCUAAGGGGUGUAAGUUUUACACACUAGACUCGAUCAAUUUGGUACGGAAAUAUCUAUCAAUCUUCGAUUUGCUGUGCACAUGUUUCAUGUCCUCGCAUUGGUGCAUUCUAAGCUGGAAGGAUGCGUCGAUUGUAAGAAGUGCCAUGAUGGAGCAUCAAUCGCAAUUGAAAUGGUUCCGUUGGCUGUAUAUCUACACAUCGCGCUACAUGUUCAUUAACUCGAUUCGCGAAAUAAAUCUGUCAGAUAUUGAGCUCGAAAUGCAGAUACAUGAUAAUUAGAAAUGAACGGCAGGAACAUUACGAUAUUGUUUGAAAAGUUAAAUGAAAGAAUAUAUAUAUAUAAAUAUUGUGAAAAGAUUGAACACCAAAAGACAAACUACCUUCACAAAUGAACGCUUGAUGCACGAGCGUCUAAACAUUAUUUUUGACACUGACGAUUCUACUAUAUUAAAUACUUAUAUUACCAUAAAUUACUUUAUAGCAUAAGCGCUUGGAAUUAGCCAAAUGCAACUUUUUGAGCGUCCGCGAAGGCGAUCAAAGAGUUGUCGUAAACAUUUAAAUGCAAAAACCAACCAGGGAACAAGAGUCAAACAUACAUACACACGCAUGAUAACAUACAUGCUUUGAAACCAAGAAACAGUCCAGUAAUUAGUCACACACGAACAUACCUCUGACAUGUCUUACAUAUCUUUGCUAUUGAUUAGUAAUUAGCUAUAAUUCUUUAUUAUUUAUACUCGAAAUCGAUGCGAGCAAAUGUGCGAUGGACUCGCUGUAUGUUAUGCUAAUUCUAUUAUUGUUUUGAAAUUCUUAAUUAUUGAUUAUGUUGUGAUUUAUGUUAUGGGUGAACAUUCUAAUCCUUCCUUAGACUACAGUUUUAAAUGAACGACUCCAUUUAGUUUUUGCGUAUGUAAAUUUUGUAAAAUAGUUUGUUGUAAGCAGCGAAGUACAAUAAUUUUUAUAUGUCGUUAAAUAGUCUAUAAUGAGAGAGAUUCAUAGAUGCUGAGAAAACAAAAACAAUGUUACUUAUGUAUUGUAUUUUAAAUCCAAAAAGCAGUCUCACUUUUUUUCAAUUAAAAUGUUAAUAUGCGAAGCUUUUUUGUUGCAGCACUGAACAAUAACCUGGCACUAACA